AUGUCGGGCGAAACACAUGCAGCCGGGGAGGAAAACAAGGUCCGGUACCGGCGAACGCAAAGUGUUACCCGGGCAGAGGAGAUUACCAAAAAGGAGUCGGAACAGCGCAAAUCACAACCGGACAAACCAUGCCACCGACCACGGGAUUCGCUGUUCUCCUGGAGCUCCGGUUUCGACAACUUCACCGGUCUAGUCAAUUGGGGUUUUCUGUUGCUCACGAUGGGAGGCAUUCGGUUGGUGCUAGAAAACUUUAUCAAAUACGGUAUACGCGUUGAUCCGGUACAGUGGUUUACGGUACUCACCGGGAAGGGUGAAGGUGAAGGUUAUCCCUCGCUGCUGCUAGUAAGCUACGCGCUAGUUCCAGUGAUGAUCUGCCUCAUGAUGGAGCGAUCGCUAGCGAGCGACAUCAUACCCGAAAGUGCCGGAAUGGCUGUACACAUCAUCAACAUCAUCGUGCUGGUGCUGAUCCCGAUGGUUGUGAUACACGUGAAGGGACAUAUAUUUAGCUUAGUGGGAGCUAUGACGGUAUGUUUCAUCUAUUGCAUACUGUUCCUGAAGCUUUGGAGCUACGUCCAAGUGAAUUUGUGGUGUCGCACGGAGAAGAAACUGCACCGGCACAGUCGUUCCGGUCGGCGACAAAGCAUUACGAUAGCUCAGUUGCAAAAUGGGCGCGAUCAGGAAGCGGAACGCACCGCGAACGGUAGCGCGACCGGUUACUGCAACGAUAAGGACAAGGUACCGUCGUUGGUACACUACCCGGACAAUCUGCAUCCGGUCGAUUUGUUCUAUUUCCUGCUCGCACCCACGCUCUGCUACGAGCUCAACUUCCCCAAGACGAACCGGAUCCGGAAGCGGUUCCUCAUCAAGCGCAUGCUGGAGGUGGUGAUCGGUAUCCACAUCGUGAUGGGAUUGUUCCAGCAGUGGAUGAUCCCGUCGGUGCGCAACUCGCUCGUACCGUUUUCCAACAUGGAUCUCACCAAAACGGCCGAACGACUGCUGAAGCUUGCAAUUCCGAACCAUCUGAUGUGGUUGUGCUUCUUCUACCUGACGUUCCAUUCCUUCCUGAACCUGAUGGGUGAGCUGCUACACUUUGCGGAUCGUAAUUUCUACAGCGACUGGUGGAACGCGAACAAUAUUGACACGUUCUGGCGCACCUGGAACAUGCCCGUGCACAAAUGGUGCGUUCGUCAUUUGUACAUACCGGUGGUGGAGUUAGGCUACUCCAAGGUAGCCGCUUCGGUGAUCGUGUUCUUCUUCAGUGCCUUCUUUCACGAGUAUCUCGUCAGCGUGCCACUGAAAACGUUUAAGGUGUGGGCCUUCACCGGCAUGAUGGCGCAGAUACCGCUAUCUUUCAUCGCCAAGUAUAUGGAAACGAACUACGGACCACGGUGGGGUAAUAUGCUCGUGUGGGCUUCAAUUAUCCUUGGCCAACCGUUGGCCAUCAUGAUGUACUAUCACGACUACGUCAUCACCAACUACAAUGAUGUGCUGGUGUAG